AUGUCUAAGAAUGCAGCGCGCGGUCCAACAGUGAGCAACAAAACAAACCCCAAAUCAAAUGAGCUUGCACGGAAAACUACAAAGUCGCCAGCAACAAGUAGUGCUGCAAAAACAACGACAACAAGAAGCGGCACACACCAGUUGAAAAAACAGGAUAGCUUGGAAAAAGAGCGUGCGUUAAAAAAAACCACAAAACCAGCGGCAAAUGCCGGCAAAAAACCAACACCCCCGCCGCCGGUGCACACAAAUAAAAACAAGGAGCGUGAGUCUGUGGCAAGUAAACGCACAACGCCACCACCCACCACCAAGCCCAAGGUCGCAGCAACAUUGCGUGCAAGUAAGCAACCGCCAGUGGCAGUAAAUGCAACCAAAGCCAAGCCGAAUGCCGUGCUAGACACUUAUCAUAAUGUUACGGUUGCAUCGCCACCGCAAAAGCGCAAAGUUCCAGUUAAGCAAGCAACAACAGUGCCGGCUAGAGAGCCGGAACAGCAGCAGGAGCAUGUAGUUUCUGACAAGGUUGCGGAACAUCCACAAAGGGCGCGAACCUUGACGCGCACCCUCCAGCCAGAGGAGGUUGUAGUGCUAAAACGUGAAUCAGCAAAGCAACGCAUAGAGGCGGAAAUACAAAAAGAAACCGCAUUAGAAUUGAAGGAGCCUAUAGCAUUUGAAGUUAAUUUUGGGGCAGCAAAGAAAACCCCAAAACCCGUUGCUGAAGCUGUAUAUGACGAUUACUCCGAUGACUUUGAAUCGUAUGAGUCGGAUUUUGAGUCAUGUUCUAGCACAUCUAAAGAGGAGGAGGAAGAAGAAGAUCACGAUGAUGACGAGGAUGAUGAGGAAGAAGAGGACAAUGAAAAUGACCAUAACCACAAAGAGGAAGAGGAGGAUGAUGAAUCUGAACCCACCCAAAAUCCCAUAACUGUCAUACCAGGGGAUAAGGAGCACGAACGCAAAUUGGAUUCUGGCCAUUACGAUAUGCAAGCGCGUCGCCAUCCACGUCUUUCGGAACUCGCAUCUCAGUCCACACAACAUCAAUGUGAUAGUUUCGAUACCCUUAGCAUUGCCAAUUCAGAGCAGCUGGACUCAGGCAUUAGCAACUACGGCAUAUCCGCUUCGGAGCCAUCCAAAAGCGGGCAGACAGAUAUUCAUUUUGGUGGCUAUGCAAACUUUAUACGUCGCCCGGUUAUUACGCGUCGCGGUACAGAGCUCAUGAAAAAGCUACGCUUUUAUCAGCUUCAAUACGAUCUGUUUGAUAUGAAGCCGCUUAGCUAUGAGGGCUACAUGCAGACCUAUGGCAAACUAAAUACCUGUCAGAUGGCUACACAAACACAGGCUCAUCACAUGCACAGCGAGUGCCAAACCAUGGAGGUGGAAGUGCGCAGCAGCUGGACCCAACAUCCUCCACAUUAUAUGGGCAAUGGCCAACAAAUGGUUCUUAACUGCAGCGGAGAAGCGGGCAUGGGUGCCGUUCAGGGUGCUUCAGUCCACCAAGACGAAUGGGAUCAGAGUUUAGUGCAACUGGAGGUAUUACGGCAGGCCGAACAGGAACGAGCGCAACAACAACAACGUCAGCGUCUGACCAAGACCACUGAUUUCGAGCGUCUCAAUGCAUUCCUAUACAAUGCAGCGUUACUGAUCGGCAAAGUGAUCUCGCGGCGCCGACAACCGACGCCUCUGCUGCAAACUCCUGCAGCCCACGGUUUUUUAAGCAGAGGUCAUAUUCCCCUGCAGCUGAGCCUCAACGCACUGUGCGUGCGUCGCAUUUUUGGAGGAGGUGGUCAACCAUUGCUGGUGACAGUGCACGAGUGUGCGCCACAAUGCGAUGUUUAUCGUGCAGAAUUCGCAAAUUUAUUAGUGGUGUGGUGCCUGACCGACACCACUAAACCGCUACGUUUGCUCUCCACCUGGGCCGAGGUUUGUCGUGUCGAGUUCUGUAGCGAUGCCCCUGAUAUUGUUGUGGCCGGUCUACGGGAUGGCAGUGUGGCCAUGUGGGAUUUGCGGGAAACAUACACUUAUUGCUCGAAACUAGACGGACACUUAACACAUUUUGCAGCCACACAGUCUGUGUUGCCGAGUCUAGAGGGGAAUUCCUUAGAUAUGGGAGCCGUCGUCGAUAUACGAAGUUUUCGAGCCUUGCCUGCGGCGGCUCCUGGCAAUAGCUUGAUGGUGUCCCACAAAGCCAUACAGUACGUUUCGCUGAAUGACUCGGGCUUGCUGACUGUUUGGACCCUAAUUGAAACAAGUGGCAGGCAAAGCAAUUUACCGACAACUGCUCAUGAGUAUAGCUCGCCGUGGGCGCGUGUCAAGCUGCUCCAAAGCGCAAUUUGUGAUUUGCACGCCUAUAUUGAGCGUCGUCUGCUGAGGACCCAGAGCAAGUACGACAGGACCAAGUCGCUGUUUCAGGGCAACGUUUACAGCGAUGACCUACUCCGUGAGCUGAACGAAACGCAGACAGCACCGGGGGAACUACAGGGUCUCCGCUUCACCAGCAUCGACACUGGCUGUGAACGUAUCUACGUUUGCACUAACCGCAAUUUUGUGCUCUGCUGCACCAAGAGCCUGAAACAGGAGCGGUUUUCCCGGAUUAUGCUCAACGAAAGUCGCCUUUUAUUUCCGACGGCACUUUGCGUUCUAUCGAAUGAAGACUUUCUUGCCGUAGGACUCUCGAAUGGUUCGAUUAUGAUAAUUAACUGCAAUCAGAGGCAACGAGGGGCGGCCAAGCCAACCACAGCCAUGCCACAGACUCCGCAGUCAAGCGUUGGUCCAGAUCCAGAAACAGGAAAAUCCUGUGCCAUACAAAAUAUAAUACUGAAUGAACGACGCUCCUUUGAGCAGACUCCUGAUGGUUAUGAUUUACGCCCUAAUACCGCCGCCUACGUGGACAUGAUUAGACAUCCGAAGCGCGCCUAUGAAUUGCGCGUUUAUGAUCAACAAUUGCUACUCGGCGGCAAUGCUCUGCGCCAGGAUUUGGUGCAAGCUUUGGUUCUGUCGAGCGAUGGUUGGCGCCUAUUUGCACUGUCAAAUGGCAUUCUGCGCACUUAUGACUUCUAUCUGGACAAGGAGCUGACUGGAGGUCUUAACAACGGUGCACGCAUCACGGACAUUGCCGUCGCGAACGUUUCGGCUAAUGAGCAGCAUUUAAUUACACUUAUAGGCGAUGGAGAGGGUGAAGUUCAACUACACACCCUCAACUAA